AUGGCUAGUCUAAUUGGCUCUGUAUUCCUCCUGGUGCUACAGACUUAUGCUGCCCCUCCAGAGUUCAUCCAGGUAGGAACUGGGACCACGUCUGGUCCGGGGAUGCCAGGUAAUGACACGGUUGGUCCAUCGUUGGUGCCACCCCCUGGCACUAGCAAACGCACCCCUCAGAGCAUCAUCAUUGGUGUCAGAAAAGGGGGUACCCGUGCCCUGCUGGAGAUGCUGGACAUCCAUCCCGAGGUGGCAGCGGCAGCCACAGAGGUUCACUUCUUCGACUGGGACGAGAACUAUGCCAAGGGCUUUGACUGGUACCGCAACCUGAUGCCCUAUUCGUACCCUCACCAGAUCACGGUGGAGAAGACUCCAGGUUACUUUACCUCAGCGCUGGCUCCAGAACGUAUCCACGCUAUGAACUCCUCCAUCAAGCUCCUGCUGAUUCUAAGGGAUCCAGCUGAAAGGGUCAUAUCUGACUACACACAGGUUUACUUCAAUCGGUUAGAAAACCACAAACCUGUCCAGGCCAUCGAGAACAUGCUGGUGAGGAACGGAGCUCUCAACACUCGAUACAAAGCGAUCCAGAGGAGCCUGUAUGAUGUUCACAUGAGCAACUGGCUCCAACAUUUUCCACUGGAGCAGAUCCACAUCGUCGAUGGGGAUACACUCAUACGAAACCCACUCCCAGAGCUACAGAAGGUGGAGCGGUUUCUCAAUCUGCCCCCUAGGAUAGUCUCAUCCAACUUCUAUUUCAACCAAACCAAGGGCUUCUACUGUAUCCGCAGCGAUGGACGAGAACGCUGCCUCCACGAGUCGAAAGGUCGUCCGCAUCCGGUCGUUAAUGGCACGGUGUUGAGACAGCUGAGGUCCUACCUCCGAGAGCACAACCACAACUUCUACCGGAUGGUCAAACGUUCAUUUAACUGGCUUUAG